UCGCAGCACUCGGAUCAGUAUUAGUACCUAUUCUCCUACCCAUCUCCUUCCGCUCCUGGGACAUCCGAUACGUGACCGGUGGUUCGAGUCCACCGAUUAGCCUUCCUCUACCGACUUGUCAAUCCCAACCUCAACCACCCUUCAUAUAUCAUCCAUCGCCUCCCUCUCAGCCAUCGCAAUGUCCACGAACAGACCAUUCCUGGCCAAUUUCCUUGCGGCCUUCCGGGCACAGUCUACAUACAAAGCCUCCACCGCCGGCACUCAAUCCACAUCAGCCUCGAUAUCCUCUGCCCAGAUCUCCCAGAGUGCUGCUCGAGCAAUCGCCACGAAAGCCAGCAACAACUCGGAAGCGUCCUCGGCAUCAUCCUCCACAGCACACCAUUAUCAUCAUCACUCGACCUCCUCAUCUUCACACUCUCGCCCGCACUCCCACCACCGCGGCCCCCUGGCCCAGGGCCAAGGCCAGGAGCAGUCCAGCCCCGCAUCCCCGCCCCCGUCAUCAGCCGCGACUCCACCCCAAGCCGCCGCCGGCGCAUCGUCUCCCCCACCGACUCCUGCCGCCUCGAACCCUAUCCCCAUCACCAAUAGCCAUGGCCGUCAACGGCGCGGCAGUGACAGCUCCAGCGGCUCGGGCGGGUUCCGCGACGCCCUCGGUCCUGAGAAAUGGUACAUCGGCGGCCGGACGCCCGGCGGCGAAGAGAGGUUCUAUCGAUUAGGCAUGGUCACCAAGGGAGGGGGUCGCCUUGGAGGAAGCGGCCGGGUGGGGAGUAUCGAUCAGCUAAGUCUCUGAUCACUAUUGGGGCCGGCUCGAUUUGGGAUCCUCCCACUCACAGGGUUCUCUUGUCUCUGCUUUCUUUUCGGUGCCUGGCCUUUUGGGCCACCGGGACUCGCUUGAUGCGAACUAUAUUUCGGCUUUGUGAAUCUUCUUACUUUUAUAUACCUCCGGCGUCAGAAGCUUAUCCAGGAACGGAGAGGGGCUUAUGGGACUGGCGUUGCUGUUUGGCGUUUGGGCUUAAAAAAGAGCUUGCUUUAUUUUAGGUGUCGGGUGUCGUUCCCGAUCGGGAGUGAUUGGACCUAGCGCAAACGACAAAUGGGUUUGGUAUUAUAAUCCUGACCUUAUAUGCGAGUUUGUCUCUGGCUGUGUUUGAGACAGAUAUUGGGGUGGAAAUCAGAUAUCUGUACAUGAACGGCUCCUCUCUCUCU